AUGCCAGAGGUCAUCGACCUCCUCUCCUCCACCCCUCCGCCCCCGAUAGAUAGACGCGAGCAGCUGUCCAUCCGCCGGGCUCAUUCGCACCCGCCUGUCGUGCCCGCCUCGGACUCCAUCUUUUCCGACGAAAUCGAUCUCUCCGCAUUUACCUACGAUAACCCCAUUGAGCAGCCCGCCAAACGACGACGCUUGAGCCAUGAGAUUACACCCGCUAAAGAAGUCCCGCUGCCGCCAGUAAAGAACUCGCUCUUCCUCUUCUCCGAUGACGACAUAAUCUUAUCCUCGGACGGUCACGCCCCUGCGAAACCUCCGGCCUGGAAUGGAGAAUCCGACCCGAUCGUCUUUACCUCGUCGGCGCCUGAAACCAGACAUAAUCUACCAGUCAGACCAGCCAUAUCAUCGCGUGAUAUCAACCCUAUCUCGAUCGACGAUGAAGAUGAUAACAUUCCCAACGGCACGCGCAAUCAGAAUCGACUACGGAGGGAGGAGAUCCAGGUGUCCAGCGACCAACUUGAUUUCCCAGACGUCGACGAUUUACUUGAUGUAGCUCAGCGAGUGGAAGCAAAUGCAUUUUCAAGCCGGACAGCGAACCUACUAGCAACUCUGGAAGACCGUUCUCACGGCAGCAAUGACGAUUCGGUGCGCCGAUCGACGAGAGGCCGCAAGCAGUACGACCAGAGCGAUGACAUAGAGGUCAAAGAGAUGCCGCCACCGCGGAAGCCCCAGCGCAAAACCACCAAGGUUACAAGCGAAGAGAAGGAGGCCAAAGCCAGAGAGCGGGAGGCGGCCAAGGCGCAACGAGAACGAGAUAAACAACUCGAAAAGGAGCGCAAGCAGAAAGCCAAGGAGGAUAAAGCCCGCGAAAAGCAACUAGCAGCAGACAUUGCUGAGGUCAACAAGCUCAAGGUGGACAAGAAGGAUUCUACGCAUGAGAUGCUCAUUGACCUGGCCUCUACUUUUACCGACACAAGUCUCGGCAACCAAACAUCAGAGCUCAUGCGUCUUCUCAAAGUUGAUCUCACGUUCUUUCCCAGUGCCAUUCCAAAUAUCGUCAAGUGGCGUCGCAAGGUCCGAGCUACAUACAAUGACUCCCUGGGACACUGGGAACCGUGUGCACUUCACAUCCGUGAGGAAGAGGAGCAUGUGUUGUGCUUAAUAGCGGCCCAGGACUUGAUCGAUAUGAUCGUGGCUCCUUCAACCACCGAGCCAAGAAACACUGUCAGCGAUCACGUUCGACGCCUGAAAUCUGCCUACCCAAAGUCUCGGCCGAUCUAUCUGAUUGAAGGUCUAACGAGUCUGAUGCGGAAGAAUAACAAUGCGCAGAACAGGGCCUACCAAGCCGCUGUACGACGACAAUUUGAAGACACUUCUGCUCGUCCAUCAGGUCGGAGGAAACAACAGCAACCCGAAACUAUCACACCUAUAGACAGCGACACGGUUGAAGACGCUCUGCUCGAUCUACAGGUGACUCACUCGUGUCUAAUACACCACACGAGUUCCCCCGCAGAAUCCGCAGAAUGGAUCAAGAAUUUCACCGAGUAUAUUUCCACUGUACCUUAUCGUCGUGAGCGGAUGGACCUGAAUGACUCCGCAUUCUGUAUGGACGUGGGACAAGUCAAGCCCGGCGAGAACCGGUCCGACGCCUUCGUCAAAAUGCUCCAGGAGGUGAACCGAGUCACGGCGUCAAUGGCAUAUGGUAUUGCAACACAAUACCCAAGUGCGAUGGAUUUGGUGAACGCAAUGAGGAAACACGGACCGGGACUGCUGGAAGAUGUCAAAAAAUCAGCAAACAAAAACGGCGCUCUUACCGACUCACGCAUCGGUCCGGCCGUGAGCAGACGAUUGUAUAAAGUAUUUAUGGGAAUGGAUCCGACCUCGACUGAUAUAUGAGCAUAUCUUUUGAUCGGCGAACAUUGUCCGUCUCUUUCAUUGGAGUUAUACUUGCAGCGGUAUUGGAGCAUAUAUUCUGGGUUCGUUAUUGGCACGAUAGAUACGACUUUUAUCGGUAUACUCACCACUCUUUUUUUAUCACGGAUUGGCAUUAUAUUGCCC